CUCAAUCUUUUCCAUCCAAGUCCCGGUAUCGAAGACCCAUUGAACCUCAUCCGGACUGUCUGACAGUUGUUGCGAGAGUAGACUGACAGUCUGAAUACUGGUGCAUCGCUCAGGUGAAACUUGGAGGUCCUCUGCUCCCCAUCGCUCAGCGUAUACACCCGCCGGCAACCACUUGUCAUCCUCAGACGUCUUCGGUAUGGCGUUCCGAACACUGCUACGACCCCUGGCCAGAAGCUAUGCGACUUCAACUCUCGGUUACGGCAGAGAGGUAGAGGGUUUCGUCGGAGCCGUGGGCAAUACUCCUCUGAUCCGGCUUCACAAGCUGUCCGAAGAGACCGGAUGUAAUGUCUUGGCCAAAGCGGAAUACAUGUCUCCUGGAGGAUCGGUGAAAGACCGAGCUGCACUCUAUUUGGUCAAAGACGCCGAAGAGAAAGGUCAGAUCAGACCUGGAGGAACAGUCGUCGAGGGGACAGCGGGAAACACCGGGAUAGGAUUGGCUCAUGUGUGCCGGAGUAAAGGGUACAAAUGUGUCAUUUACAUGCCGGAUACUCAGAGUCAAGAGAAGAUUGAUCUGCUGAGACUGCUGGGAGCGGACGUUAGACCCGUUCCGGCUGUUGCAUUUGAUAAUCCUCAGAACUACAAUCAUCAAGCGGCGAGAUAUGCGAAAACCCUAGACAACGCCAUCUGGACCAACCAGUUCGACAACAUUGCCAAUCGACAAGCUCAUAUACUUACGACCGGUCCUGAGAUUUGGGAACAGACCAACGGGAAAGUCGACGCUUUCAUAUGCGCAACAGGUACUGGUGGAACCUUGGCGGGUGUCACUCGGUUCUUAAAGGAGAAGAGCGAUGGAAAGGUCGAAUGUUGGUUAGCCGACCCACCCGGAAGUGUCCUGUACAACUUGGUCGAGAAUGGAAAAGCCGAGAGAGCGGGUACGGGAUCAAUAACAGAGGGUAUCGGUCAAGGGCGGGUCACUCAGAAUCUUGCCCAAGAUAUCUCCUUACUCGACGGAGCGCUACAUGCUCCAGAUGCCGAAAGCAUCCGAAUGGUGUACAGACUCUUGGACGAAGAGGGCUUCUACGUCGGUGCUUCCUCGGCACUUAAUGUUUGGGCAGCAGCGGAGCUGGCUAGACGUAAAGGACCAGGUCACACUAUUGUCACUAUCUUGUGUGAUGGUGCUUAUAGAUAUCAAGCGAGAUUAUUCUCUCGUGUCUGGCUGGAGAGCAAAGGGCUGCUCGAGGCUAUUCCAGAGAAACUUCAUCGGUAUAUCGUUUUGCCAUAGACGGGCAGGACGCAGCAAUACAAUGGCUCCCAUGAUACAUUCUUCACAGCCAUGCAACAUAAUCCAGGGU